GGCGACACAGACACACGCAGAAAGACCAGAAGAAAGUUCGAGCGGAGCCACAGGGCAGCCCUUCUCCAUGGAAGCCUCGCGGCGCAGACUUGACUUCGGGGCGCGCUGCGUCAGGAGCGACGAAGCUCUGGUCCUUUAGACUGGCCUCUCCUCGGGCGGACAGGCGCGCAAGCAGCCAUGGGCGACUUUGCCGAGGAGCAGCAGCAGCAGGCGGAGGACGAGGCGUGCUGCGACUUCGAGCCUUUGUCUGCGCUCUCGGAGGACGAGGAGAACGUGUCUCUUGCUGAUGUAUUGUCACUGCGGGAUAGCUGUCUCACUGAGGAAGAUAUCUGGGCUGUUUGCUUGGAGUGUAGCCAAUCUCUGAAGAGCAUUGCCCAUUCUGCAAUCUUCCAGACACUUUGCAUUACUCCUGACACUUUGGCUUUUAACACCAAUGGCAAUGUAUGCUUCAUGGAGCAGAUCAGUGAUGACCCAGAAGGUACCUUUGUGCCACCAGAGAUUGAUGUAACUGGUAACACAUUUGAGGCACAUAUCUUUUCCUUGGGAGCUACACUAAAAGCAGCCCUUGAAUAUAUCAUGAAGCCUGGAACUGAUACAGAAUUCAGUCAAGAUCUGCAUACUAUGCUUGAACAAAUGCAGGAAGAAAGUCCUAAAGAGAGACCAGAUAUCGAGACUGUCAUAUCAUUGAGUAAAGAGAACCUGAAGCUUUCUUCCUCAAGUGAUAUUUGCCAAUGCCUCUCUGCUAUUGGAAGAAGAGUGCUUUCAAUUGAAUCAUGUGGCAUCUUUCACGACAGUUGUGAUAACUUGUGGAAUGGAAAAGUCUAUGAGAGCAUUUCACCUUAUGAACAGCGCACAGAUUACAAUUUAAGAGAGCAUUCAUCUCCAGAGGUGGAAGACUUGGAAGUUGCUAGUGGUGGAAAUUCUUCUCACGCGUAUACCAUGAAUGACAGAAAUGAUGAUGUAAAAGAAAUAAAAAUCAACUCAGUGCAUGAAAAUGUUUGCUGUCAGUAUGUUUCAACUCAGGUCACAAACUAUAAAGAGAACGGCAAUAUCAACAACAGCAAGUGUGUGGAUCUCGUCUUAGACACAAAGCCAUGUACAAGUGAGUUGGAGGAAGAUGCAUUAAAAGGAAACUGCUCGAGGAAAGUAAAAGCAUUCCCAAAGCUGCCGUCUGAAUCUGAGACAGACCCAAGAACUUUCUUCCCCUUUGUAAGUCACAGCGGACCACUGUCAAGGAAACAAUAUCCAUUACAACCCAAGUCAUUAUCUCAAGUCAAUAAUAAUGAGAAUGCUGCUUUAGAGGGAAACUUAAGUCAUUCUGAUGGGAAUAAUGAACUUGGAUUAAAAGCAGCAGAUUUCCAGAAACCAAAUAAUAAUUUAGAUGAAUUUUACAAGAGCCCGGAAGUAUCUUAUCAAAUCCACAAGCCAACCUGCAAUGAUAAAGAAUCAUAUAUUCCUCCAUACAUUCAUAUGGCUUCUGAAACUUCAAACAACUAUGAACCAGACAAAUCAAAUUCUGACUGCAAGAUACUAAAAAACCAUAAAUCAUGGGAAUACUGUGGAGAAACUUCCGCAAGGUCAAAUGAAAGCAGCCUGUUGCAUAUUAACAGGAUGACUACAGGGCUUAGAACAUUUAAUGAAAAUGGAUGUAGCUCGAGCCUGCUAAGUUCUCCAGAACAAAAUCACAGUGAGAUGAAAGACUAUUAUGUUGAAGAGAAACAAUAUGAAGGCAGGGAGUCUGAAAUGAGAAACAGCAAGCAGUCUGUUUUUCUGAAACAUCUCUUAACACAUUAUGCCAAACCACUGAAAGACUAUGAGCUCUGGGCUUUAUGCCAUGAAUGCUUGCUUACUAUGGAAACUUACACAAUUUAUCCAGCAUACUUGUGUUUAGACUCUGUCUUGAUUAACAGUGAUGGAAGUGUUCAGUUUGUUCCACCUGAAAGUGAAGGCUCAUAUGAUAUGUUUUAUUUGGCUCCUGAGACAGAGGAAGAGGAUUAUGUUACUGAAAAGGUCUGUAUUUACUGUAUUGCUGCAAUUUUGUGGAGAGCUGCAAAACAUAAUUUCCCACCUGAUCACAAAAUAGUGUUGCCAAGGAAACUGAAGAAUUUUCUUCUGGAUAUGGCUAGACGAAAGUCAGAAGACAGGCCUUCUCUGGCAGAUGCAAUUAAGACAUGUGGUAGCUACCUUCUUGAACAAGGAAUAAGCAGCAAGAAGGUUCUGGCAUGUUUAACCAGAUCUGCCUUUCAGGGUUUCAGAGAAGCGGAUUCUUUUAAUGAUAGCAUGCCUUUUGAUUUACAAAGUGAGAGAAGUUCAGUGGAUGAAAACUUAGGAUUUUUACCUAUGAGCAAUGAAAGCAAACUGAUAGCAGUGAAAGGACCAGUCCCCUGCCAGCCUUCUUUGAACAGAGAAAGUACCAUAUUGCCAAGUGCUUUCACUUCUACAGCAACCCAUUUCAAGCCUAUUAUUCUACAUCAAAACAGUGAUAUUAAAAAAGGUACUGCUGCAUCCUCAGUGAUACAACAUGGAAUGACUAUGGAAAGUGUUGUGUCUGUGGAUUUUAAAAAUUCAAUAUGUUUAAAUAUUGAUUCUGAAAGCAAGAUGGAUGAGGACUCUGAUUUGCCAGCAGUCUGUGUUACUACAUCUGGUAUUCUGGAGCAGGAUAAACAAGGAUUGGAAGCAUCCCUUUCGACUGGUGCAGAGGAGCCAAAAACAAGCAGUGCUAGCUCAGGCAUGGCAAAAUUACCCUUAUUCUCUGAAACCUCAUGUCCUGCUCAAGGGAAGUGUCCUUCCACAAGCGAUCCUAACUGCACUGUGUCCUCUAGUAUGGCAUUUAUAAACAAUUUCCUUUUGAAGCAGGACCCAGUCACGAGGGUGUUGACCCUUGUACCAGUCCAGAUUGCUAUAUCAGAGCAAAUACCGAAUAAGCCUCUUCAUUCAAAAACAGCUUACAGUUGUUUCCCCAGUUUACACGUCCUCCUAUCGGAUUCUAUAGCGAACUAUGAUGUUGACAAAUCGUUGCAAAGCUCUUCACCCACGAACCAUCUGAGGAAUUGCGAGACUACUAACACACAGCAUGAAUGUCUGGACAUGAAACUGAAGAUUAAUAGUUUACCCCCAGCUACGAUUAAUAAAGAGCCUCAAACCAGGUAUCCUGAAAAGAAUCUGUCCCUAACAUUUUGUGAGGAAUGCAAUACAGAUGUAGAGAACAAUGACCCUUUAUCAAAUCACUCGUCGCACGCCUCUGGGGACCAAAGUCCUUCUUGUUCACUGAACCUGGAAACCUCUCUCCAGAAUAAUGGGAUAAACGAAAAUUUCUUGGAGAAAGUGGUGCAUCUUAUCCAAGAAGAGUUUGCAUCUGGUAGUCAUCUGAUGAAUGCAGUUGAAGCUCUGGCCAUAGGUAAAUAUAUUUACAGCUUAAAGGAUCUCAAAUAUAAAACUUUCUGUAAUGCAAUCUCCGAAAAAUUUUGCGACCUUUCCUGGGAAGAAAAACUACUAGCAAAAAUGUAUGAUGCAGCAAAUGGUAAAAUGGUUAUAUUUGCAAGCAUGAAUGAAACAAAAUACUGUAGCAACACAUUUCAGAGCCAAAAUAAACCUAAGAAUCUUGGGGACGCCAGUGAGGAAACAAAUGUUUCUAUUUCCCGCAUAGAUGCAGAUGACCUCCCACAAGAUAAUUCUGAAAAGGAAGCCGAAUCACAGGAAAUUGCAGAAGGAAUACAAAAGAAUGGUGGAGAAAUUUUGCAAGCCAAUGAAUGUUACCUCCGUGCAGGCUUGCCAGCAGAGAACCAAGAACAAGAGCAGGUUCUGUUAAAGUUGGAGGAAACUGUUUGCACCAAAGCUCCCUGCUUAUCCGAACUGUGUGGAUUUUGUCCUGGUUGGAGCACUGCAUUCUAUGGUUCAGAAUGUUUUAGUUUGGAAGUACAUCACUACAUAAGAAAACUUGGAAAGCGAAAAUUUAAUGACGCACAAGACAUAGAUGCGAAAAAAGCGGAACUUGAGCAGCUGAUAACAAUGGAGACAAAGAAUUAUAGGAAGAGUAUAAAAUUCUACCAGAGGUUGUUGCGUAAGGAGAGAAGAACCAAAGGUGGUGAAGCGAAAACAGUGUUGCCCAAACUGAAAGGACAGCUAGAAGAAAUGAAAUCAAAGGUGCAGUUUCUUGACCUGGUGAAGAAGUAUCUGCAGAUUAUGUCUAUAGAGAAAUGGGGAGUUGAGGCAUGCAACCUUCUUACAGUUAUUAACAUGGCAAGCAGUGAAGCUCUGGGCAUCGUUAGCUCCUUGGACUGCAUGCUCCUCUUCUAUAAUAUAAAUAAAACCCAAUAUGGAGCCCCGUGUAGUGACAGUCAAAGCCAGCCAAGGAAUCUACAAGCUGGAACACCACUUGGGCUGAUGGCAUAUCUCUAUUCCAGAAAUGCAUUUUUAGAAGGCUAUGUACAGCAAUUCCUCUUCACCUUUCGUUACUUCUGCUCCCAAGAAGAAUUUUUUCAAUUUCUUCUUGAUAGAAUCAGAAUCACAUUACCCAAUUCAAGCCUGGAAUCUUGUUCGUUGCUUAGCAAAAUAUGUCACCGUAGCUUCGCCAUUCUGCAAACCUGGAUUAAAGACUGCUAUGCUGUAGACUUUGCAGUAAAUCCUGAUUUUAUGAGUACACUAGAAGGCGUUAUCAUUUCCAAGGUAGGUCCACUCAAUGGGUAUGGUGAAUGGUUGCUGUCACUACUAGGAAGCAUUACUAGCAGGAAGCAAAGCAAUGUUUCUGAAUACUACCAGACAGAAAAAUGGGAAGAAGAAGAGGAGGAGGAAGAGGAGGCCAGUGAAAUAAAAUCGUUACACUUUCAUUGCAAAAAGAGCUCAAAAGAUGUUUUGCAAAAGAGCUUUAAUUGGAAUAUCUCAAAGGAAAGUGAAACUGUUGCACCUUAUCAGAGAGGCAAGCAUAGCAUUACAUCAGCUUUAGCAAAUCCAUGCUAUUCAAAUGAAACAGAAGAAUUCUCAGGCUUUUACUCUAAAAUAGAUGGAAUGCCGUAUCUCUUAACAGAAUAUACCGCACAACAACUUUGCCAUCAGCUGACGCUGCUGGAACAGGAAAUGUUCCAUAAAUGUCACCCAGUGCACUUUCUAAAUUCAAGAUUCCUUGGAGUCAAUGAUAAGAGUAUGUCUUUCCAAAAAGCUGCUUCCUCUGAGCAAUUGCCUGCUCAAGCCUAUAACCUUUUUGCGGAAAACUGUGUCCAGGAUGCUUACCUUUUGCAGCUUUUAAAAUAUGCAGACAAUGUCAGUAAUUGGGUUGCUGCUGAAAUUGUAACAAGCUACAGCUCUAAGAUGCAGGUGAACUUGCUAUCAAAAUUACUCUUCAUUGCAAAAUGUUGCUAUGAGCAAAGAAAUUUUGCUACCGCGAUGCAAAUCCUAAAAGGACUGGAAAAUCUCAUUGUGAGACAAUUACCAGUUUGGAAAUGCUUGUCUUCUAAAGUGUCUGAAAUAAUGGAAGAACUAAAGGCUGUUGAGGUGUUUUUAAAAAGUGACAGCUUGUGUUUAAUGGAAGGAGAGAGAUUUAAGACUUCACCAACAAUUCCAUCAGCCCAUGUUCUGGCAAUGCAUGUUCAGCAGCUUGAAACUGGAGGAUUUACGAUGAGAAAUGGGACAUAUAAAUGGACUAAACUUAGAAACAUUGCGAAAGUUGUGAGCCAGAUUCAUGCACUGCAAGAAAACCACUACUUGUUCUCUCCAGAUCACCGGCUGCAGUCUUUCUUAAGACACAGAAUAGCAUCUUUUAGUGAUGCAGACAUCUCUGCCUUAGCAGCAGACAACUUUGCCAACUUUUACCAGAUACCAGCUGAAAAGCAGUCUCGGAAAAUCCAGGACACACUACAUAGGAUGAAGGCAAUGUUUCAAUAACUGCUUAUAUUUCAUCCUCAAUUUUUAAAGGUUUAAAUAAUUUACUUUUUGUAGUAAUUGUUCCAUAAAUGUAUCAUCUCAGCAGUGACUGAGCUCUAUUUAUGAAUGUUUCUGUUUGAAAAAUCCGAACACUAAGCAAAAGGGGCAAUAUUCCUACUGUGUUGCUCACUUGUCAAAUAGCAAGUUGCCCUCAUGUGAAUUUGUAAAAGCUGCGUGUCAUGUGAGGAAAUUAAAUAUUAAGUCCUUAUUGUUUUGUUUUAA